GACCGCACGCGACAGACAUGUACGCCAAGUUAUUCAUUGUAUGCUGCGCGUGCGCCGCGGCGGCGGCGGCACCUGGCCUGCUGGACUACGGCUACUCGGCCCCGAUCUCACACUCGGUGGUCUCGGCACCAGUGGCUGUUGCCGCGCCCGUGUACAAAACCUACGCAGCGCCUGUAGUCAAGACCAUCGCUGCUCCAGUAGUACACGCUGAACCUAUCGACCCCAACCCUGCGUACAGCUACGCCUACGGGGUACAGGACCCCCACACUGGUGACCACAAGGACGCCCAAGAGACUUUACAGAACGGAGUAGUCCACGGCUCAUACAGCUUAGUGGAGCCCGACGGCCACCUGAGGAAGGUCACAUACACCGCUGACAAGAUCAACGGUUUCAACGCUGUUGUUGAAAGGACUGGUGGCACUCACGCGGCUCCCGUAGCGAUAGCGCCUGCCCACGUGGUAGCUGCGCCCGCGCCCAUCGCCAUCGCAGCCCACGCGCCGCUAUCCUUCGGCCACGGCUGGCACUAGUCACAUCCUCUAACUCACUUCACUUGAUGCACCGCUGACGGAGAAACGGCUGGACGGCAACCUUCACUUCGCGCGAACUGCAGACAAACGCUAGUUGAGUUAGCAAAUGAUAACUUGCAUCAAUUGUUGGCCACUUCUGGCAAAGGACUUUAGUGCAGCGAAGCAGAAGUAUCCCGGCUGAUAAGAUACCCAUGAGUUUUAUAUGGAAGAAAGCUUACAAAAAGCGUCGCUCCUAGUAUUAUUAAUUUAUGUUGCUGAAUGAAGCGUUACUAUAUUGAUAUGGGAUGUUCUAUCAGCCGUUCGAAGAGGAAAAGCUAUCGGAAUGUAUGUAUUAGUUUCUGCAACCGUUUUCUGCUGUGUAGAAAAGGUUGGAAAGACGACGGUAUUUCACUUUGGAUUAUUAAUGGAAGGGAUGUUUUUAUUAGAUGAUGGUGUUUGGAUUUUUGUGUUUUACGGUAUGUGUUUGCCCAGUCAGCGAUGCAACAAGGUUGAUGACCUCGCC